UUGUUCUUUUUAUUUGCGUGCAUUGCCAAAUUGAGAAAACUGUGUGGACUCUCGACAUCUCAGAUUUGCCAUCGACCGCAAUUUUCGCCCAACUCAAGCGCGCGCGUCUCAGUGUCAGUUCGAUCGUUCGUGUGAUCUGUUAGUUUUGCUAGCGCAGAGGAAGUGAUUUUUUGCGCCCAAAACCUCUCUCUCUAAACCUUUUUCUUUAUUUUUGGAUGAAAGUGAAAGGACAGUGAGUGCGAGCGAGUGACGAAGAUGAUCAACGGGAAAUUCUUCACAGGACUCACGGAUAAGAUGAUGCGCAGGAAUGGCAGUGGUCCCAAUCGUCAGGAGUCUCACAUGUACUGGCCAGAUGAAGCCACAACACCAUCUGUUCGUGAGUCAUCGCACAGAGAAACCGUCUUGGCCGCACGACGCAGACCAUCGGACACGCCAUCCACUUCACAGUGGAACAACAAUGCCAUCAGUGACGAUGUGGCGCCCAAGGAACUGGUGAGGAAGCAAAUGAAGUCCCGCAUUGAGUUCUACGAUCACGUCGAUACCACCAAGGAUCCCAUUCGACGACCAUCGAUCGACAAGGGCUUUCAGGAUCAGAAGCGACAAACUUUGUCGUCCAAGAUUGAAUUCUACGAUUACGUCACGGAGCCAAGUGUGACGAAGAAGUCAGAGAACAUCACCAGAAGCGCCUCUCCGGCAAAAGUGGUGGAAAAGAAGAUAUCAUUUACGGAAAAUCAGUCAGAAAAACCAUCAUCGAGUAAGAAAGAACACAUAAUUGCUAUUAAGAAUGAUGAUAUUUCCAAGAAAUCCAACAUCUCCCGAAAGAACAUCAGCAAAUCCAAGUCUGUUGAGAAUCUCACGCUGAAGAAGGAUGAUGAGGAUAUGGAUUUACAUAAGCUCAACAAGCAGGUGCAAAAUCUCAAGAUAGGCCCAAAUGGACGAACUGAGGAGAAGAUUGAGACACUUAAGCAGUCCAAAGUGAAGCCCAUCCUGAAGACGAGACGCGUGGAAGUUGAGCCAGAGGAGUUUGUCUAUCGCAAUGGAUACGAUUACGAUGAGAUGCCCGUGAGAGUGAUCAAGUCUCGAGUUGUGAGACCCGAGGAGGAAUAUUACUAUGAAAAUCGCGUUGUUCCAGCGUACAGAAACCCCCGAAUUCGCCCUGAAUUCCUCCACGAUGAGCCACAGAUGAUCCUGCAUCAACCAAUGCCCAUCGAUCGGUACUACUAUCAGCCCCGCGAGACGCUCUAUCGCGAGCCCGAGCCCAGGAAGAGGACAGUGAAGUACAUGAUUCCAGAAGAUGAGGACAGAUAUGAGAAGCCACGCUCACCGCCACCAGUGGAACCGCCAAAAUCACGACCUGUUCAGCGCUCAAACACCGUGAGGGAGUCACCAAAGCCAUCCGAAGUGCCGAAUGAGGCGCGUUUGAGGGCACAUCAGCACCUGAAGUCGAGCAUCUCGUUCUUCAAUGACACCACCACAGGCGCAAACACCAGCGAGAGGAAACCGCUGAGCAUUCGCGACACCGCCGUGGCUCGCGUGGGCGUUGGACUUCCAGAUAUAUGAUGAUGAAAAGGCAAGAGAGAGAUACCUUCGCGCUGCCCGCGAGAGUGACACGCCACAGUGAUUUAUAAGACACCAGGCACUCAAUAAUACUUUUUGACCAACUAAUCACUAUAUAGGGUGACUUGUUUGUGGCUCAGCGCACAAAUCUACACGAGAAAACACAUGCCAAGAACAUUAAGCCAACACAUAGUGUAACGAUUAAUUUAACUAUUUUACAGUAAUGUGCAUAAAUGUGUGUUUUUUAUUUGCAAAAAUAAAGCCACGAAAAACAAUCUACAUUGAAAGCAAGAAAGAGAGAUUUUUCGU